AUGGCGGCCUUUUUGCGGCGGGACGUGUACAUCGAGCUGGACGAUGGGCGUCGUGCGAUCCGUGGUGUGCUCGUGUGUGUGGACCGUGAGGGCAACGCGAUUCUGCAAGAGGCGACAGAGCACGUUGUGGGCGCGGCCCAGCCUGGGCCGCGCGCCGAGCGCAUCAUGCCGCUUGUCAUGAUACCCGGUCGGCACAUCGUGCGAGUAGCUACGAAAGAGGUGUCUUCUCUCUAUACGUAG